AUGGCGUCUUCAACACCCUUAAAAAUUCUCAAGGCUCCUCCCAUUCCGGCUCCAACGGGUCGACGGCCGAUCGGUUUCCGCGGCAACCACCAACAUAAGAAGGCCUUAUAUGACCCUGUAUUCAGAACUACAACUGUGCCGUCGAAUUUGGUGCCGCGUUACCCCAUCGAUUGGCGGAACGGGGGCCGAGCGCUAUUAGUGGCUGCGAUGCACAAGUUAGAGGGGAAUUUCCCACUACUGCCGCGCCAACAGCCUCCACUGCAGUGCCAAGCCCCUCUUGACCCAGGAUCGCUAGCGGUCUUAGCGGACAGUUGUGCAAGCGGACUGGCAAGUGAGGGAAUGAUCUUCUGUACCCGCAGAGGUAGCUUCGUUUCCACUGCUGAAAAGCUGCACCCGGCAUUUGCUGCCUACGAUGCAAGGGAGAAAUGGGAGGUAACCUCAGUUCAGCGAUCGCAGGCGGUUUGUUGGGGGCUAGAAGAAGACUCAGAAACUGACAGUGACGGUGAGGAAAAUUUGGACGAGGAGGCAGAGGACCUUUUGAAGUGUCUGUCGGAGUCCCAGCAAAUUGGCGCUUUUGAGCGGGCCUAG